AUGGAUCCUCAGGUUAAGCUCCCUUCGAAUCCUGACGAGAAUGGAGCCGUCAAUAUUCUUGUUUCGACGGUCUUGGUGAUCACAUUGGCGACUAUUGUUGUUUUGGCUCGCGUUUACGUGCGGUUGUUUAUGAUUCGCAACCUUGGCUGGGAUACUGUCAUCUUUCAAUGUACAGACAUUCGUGUCCUCUGGGAUCCAACCGUACCCUCGAAAUGCUGGUCACAAAAGACAUUACAAUCACUCUCGUACACGAACUCCGCGUUCAACAUCCUGACUGAUCUUCUCUUCGCUAUCAUCAUCCCAACACCCAUGCUUUGGAAACUCAACGUGCACUUCCGCACACGGGUAACCCUCAUUGGCAUUCUCAGUCUUGGUGUCUUUGCCUGUGCCGCUGCCUUUACCAAACUUGGAUACGUCACCAACUACGGCAAGCUCGGUGACUGGCUAUGGGACUCUCGCAACAUCACAAUCUGGACCAGCGUUGAGCUCAACGUCGGUAUCAUCGCAGGCAGUCUACCCUGUCUGCGUCCACUGUUCCGAAGCUUCCUUGGCAGCACCUAUGGCAAGAAUUCCAAAAAGACUCCAACAACAGGCAAUACAAACUAUGGUCGCGGUACUCUACGAAGCGGCACCAUGCGUAGUGGCAAGAACUGGCACGUCUUGUCUAGUGGUAAAAGGGGCGAUGAUGAGACAAGCAGUCAAAAGGCCAUCAAUAUUGGUCAACAGGAGUAUGAGCUUCGAGAUAGGAUAGCCAGUCCCUCUGGGGUGAUCAACAGGACGACAGUUCAGACAGAGAUUGAGGGGAGGUCAAGUGAUGAGAGUGCUGGCAAUGCAGGAUAUAGGGGCCAGUUUCAAAGUGGUAUCACAAAGACUAUGAUAACGACAGUCGAAGUUACCAAGACGGACUCUUCAUCGAGUCGAUGA